AUGACAACUAAAAAAAAAGUAGAAGGAUAUUAUGAAGGCGCAGUAGGAUAUUAUGAAGACACAGUGAAGAAGUUGGAAGAGUGGAAGGAAGAUAGACUUUUUGCAAAAGAAGUUAAUGUUGGAAAUUAUACAAUAGGUGAAGAGGGUGAAGUAAUUGAAUAUCUUAGAUGUUUAGUAAAGGUUUAUUCUAUUGAAGAUAAAAGAAAAAAACUUUUUCAAAAUAUGAUGAAUGAACUUUUUAGAUAUGAGAUGCAUCUAUUUUCAAUUACAGAUGGAUAUACUACAGAUGGUAUAAUUUUAUACACUAUUAAAGGAAAUCAAUGUCUUGAGAUCUCUGGUGAUGUUUUUAGAGAAGAUAUUAUAAUUGAAUCUCUUACUUCUUUAAUACUUUUAGUAUCCAUUCUAUGUUACCAUGAUUACAUUAUAAAUAUUCUUGUUAUAUUAAAUGCAUUAAAAGCUGAGUUAACUGAACUAAAAGCUUAUUAUAAUGAUGUAAAACUAGAUAAAUUGGAUAUUGAACUACAGUCUUAUUUUCCUUAUCCACAUUCCUUCUAA